GCAUUUGCCUAAGGGGUUUUGCCUGCAUGCUAAGGUCGCGACGGGGGCGCACAUGUGGCUCCAGAUAUGGUUGGACUCCAUCGCCCUGCAACCCCAACUUGCAUGGUUAGCGAGUGAUGGGCAUUGUAGUCUAGCAUCACCUUGAAGCAUAUUAAUGUAUUCGUCAUCCCGUUGGAUCUGACCCAAUUCCACCGAAUUCAAUAGUGGCCGGAUAGAUGCUUCCAGGAUGCCCCUAAGGAAACUUUCCCACCUCCUGACAGAAGAAAUUGAAGCCUUGUCUGCUAUAUAUGGCGAUGAAUGGUGCACCAUUGAUGAAGAUGCAAAAGUAUUCUGUAUUCAGAUUAGUGAUUGCCUGGAAAAGCCAAAGUGGAGACUCUGUCUGCAGGUGAUCCUUCCUCCUGAAUAUCCGACAACAGCACCACCUAUUUAUCAAAUUAAUGCUCCUUGGCUUUCUGGACAGGAAUAUGCGGAACUUGCAAAUUAUCUGGAAGAACUCUAUGUACAGAAUCUUGGUGAAAGCAUCCUUUAUCUAUGGGUGGAGAAGAUACGUGAAUUUUUGAUAGAAAAAUCGCAGUCUUCUGAUUCAGUAGGACCAGAUGUUAAAAAAAUUACAGAAGAAACUGAUCUGGAGUAUGAAGAGAAUUUUUCACUGGAGUAUCAACCCCUCCGGGAAUGUGCAGCUGUAACUCUGAAUUUUGAUCUGUCAGAAAGCCAAGAAGAUGAAGAGCUGCCUCCAAUUUAUCAUGGAAACCCAAUUACAGACCGAAGAAGCACUUUCCAGGCACAUUUAGCACCUGUUGUGAGCCCCAAACAGGUGAAAAAUGUUAUUGCUGAGUUGUACAAGAAUAAGAAAAUAGCCAGUGCUACUCACAAUAUAUACGCAUACAGGAUAUACUGUGAAGACAAGCAGACUUUCUUACAGGAUUGUGAAGAUGAUGGUGAAACAGCCGCAGGUGGACGUCUUCUCCAUCUCAUGCAGAUCCUGGAUGUCCGCAAUGUUCUGGUGGUGGUGUCCCGCUGGUAUGGUGGUAUCCUGCUAGGACCAGAUCGUUUUAAACACAUCAACAAUUGUGCCAGGAAUAUACUUGUGGAACAGAACUACACCAAGUCCCCUGAAAAUUUAUCUAAGCAGCUGGGGAAGAACAAAAGAAUAAGGAAGGACAAGAAGAAAAUGUAACAUUAAUUCAGUUUGCAAAAUCGCAUAGCCAUUUUAUCUUUCCCCUGUAUGUAUGCAGUUAAAACACCAGUCACUCAGAUAGGGAAAGGAUUUUUUUGUAAUCCUAAAUGUUUUAUCUCGAAGACAUGGAAAUAUUUUGGAGUAAAAAGAAAUAUUCCAUAGUAACAGAACUCAGUGGCAGCCCCAGAAAAUGUUUUCAGUUUGUUCAAUGCCUCAGCUGCUCAGAAACCAAGGCCUUAAACAAAUGAGAUUUCUUCUGUAUUCAGUUACUUAAUUUGUUAAGAACAAUUAAAUGCGGAAAUUCAGUGUU